AAAUUUGUUUUUUCAUUCUCACAAGAGCUAUUGUUUGUUUGUGCCUGUAUUUUAAACUUUCAUUUAUUUUAAUUUAUUUCUCGUCUCAGAAUGGACUACUUGACUAUUUUAUAAUUGAGGAAAUCGGAGUUAUUAUAAGUUUUAGUUUGUUCCGUUGCUUAUCUAAAAUUUCACGAAAAUGACUACUGCCCUUUAUAAAUAUAUUCUGAAGAAAAAUUGUUAUGUUGAUGAAAUAAGAGAUUUAAUAGUUUAUGACGACUUGGUUAAUCAUCUCAUUUCCAAAGGUGUGAUAGAUGAAAAAGAUUAUAUGAAUAUUUGGAAGAGCAAAGGUAAUAAGAUUGAUGCAGUAUUUAAAGCUUUAAAGGAAAAAAGUGUGAAUGACCUAAAGGAAUGCUUUGAUAUUCUUAAGUUUCUGUAUGGAAGUAUGUUCGAAGAUAAAUUGAAGAAAUUCAAACAAGACUUGAUUGAUAGUAUUCACCAAAAAGGAGGAUUUCCUAAAAUUAACACUUAUAUCCCCAGAACUGAACAAGAGAAAAAGAUCAAGGAUAAGCUGGCCAAUGUGAGAUGGUACAAUAGUUUGGUUGUUUUCGGAAGGGUUGGAGAAGGUAAAUCAUAUCUUGUGUGUGAAUGUCUAAAAGAUAUAGAUCUAAUUAAAGAUGAGUUCAAUAAUCGACUUUACUGGAUCAAUGUUGGUGAAUGUGAAAAUGGCAGUAAUAUAUUACAACCUUUAACACGAUUAUUACGAAUGAUUGCUCCCAAAAAGAGAAAAUUGUAUGAUUUAGAUGAGCUGAUCGAAGAGCUCGCUGAAAUAUUUGCUUCUGAAAAGCACCAGAACUCUCUAGUCAUCCUUGACAAUGCAAGAUCUUUAAAAGUCAUAGAAAUAUUUCAAAAGAUAAGAUGUAAGUUAAUCAUUAUUACGCAUUUUAAAAAUGUGAAAAAUGCUGAAUUUGUUGAAGUCGACUUGGGUUUCACUAUCAAUGAAACCAUAAGUUUAUUUGCUAAGUAUUUAAAUACUUCAACUGAAUCUCUGAACAAUUUACACUUUGAUGAUGUAAAAGAUUUGCAUGAGUUAUGUAAAGGACAUCCAACAACCCUAUCACUUUUGGCAGUUUUUCUCAGCUGCAAAAGAGAUCAUGCCCUGGCAUCCAAGUACUUAUGGAACCACAUCAAAGAAAAAAUCAAUAACGGAGAAAUAGAAGAUCUUGGUAAUGAUGUUGAUAUUAUUCACACUAAUUUUUAUAAGGCCUUAAGGAUGUGUAUUGAUACUAUUGAUACAGAAGAAAUGAAACAGUUCUAUUAUCAAUUAGCCAUUUUUCCAAAGGAUGCUAACAUUUAUACGGAUGUACUUGAGGUAUUUUGGAACAAGAAACCAGAAGAAGUUUGGAAUAUUAUGUUGCACUUUGAGAAUAGAUCUCUCAUCAAUUCCAUUUACAAUACCAAUAAAAAGGUUUAUAUUUAUGCUAUUCACGAUUUAUUUUUAUAUUAUCUAAAGAAUGAGACAAAGGCUCAUAGAAAAGAAUUUCAUAAGAAACUGAUAGAAUCGUAUGAAAGCAGAUAUGAAUAUUAUAAUUUACCUGAUGAUAACUAUAUAUUAUUGUUUCUGGGAUACCAUUUAAAACAGGCUGAAAUGUUUGAUAGGUUUCAAAAGUUCCUUGAUCUCAAAUUUAUUGAACAUAAGAUUAGGAUAGUAGGUGUUAAUAAUAUGGAACAAGAUCUCAGAACGUAUAAAGAAGAGAUUAUUGGUGGAAAUGCUGAUCUCAAGAUGAAAUGGGAGAAUUGCAUGAAGUUUUUCAGGGAUAAUAAGAAUGAACUCCGACAAAUGGAAAAGACGGAUAUUAUUCAGCUAGCUCUCCCUACUUUGAUAGAUGAUGCACACACUCUGAUGGAUAGGAACAAAGCCAAUUCAAUCAAUAAGCUGUAUUUUACAAUGAAGUUAUCGGCUGGUCGACUGAAGAGUUCAUAUGAAUUCAUUAUGAAGGAAGUAGUUACUGCAAUGGCUUAUUGUUUUGAUAGUAAUGUGCCUAAACUAUUGAUAGGCCUUGAAAAUGGAGAUAUUAUGCUCUACUGUCCACAGACCAGCAAAGAGUUUGAAAGGUUCCAGAGCCACAAAAAAAUGGUCUUCAACUUGAAAGUUUCUAGUGAUAACUCGUGCUUCCUUUCAGUUUCCGAAGAUCGAACUGUGAAGUUAUGGCAGUUUUUCAGUCAACGCUUGAGUUUGGAUGGUCUCAAAGACGUUGUUACCUCCCCCAAGUGCAUUCAGAAUGAAUAUUUCGAUGCUUUCAGUCCAGGAAAAAAGCAUAAUUUCAAAGAAUUUGUUUAUAACGAGGAUGGGGCGUACUUGAUAUCUGCAAAUUUCUCCAACAAGUAUAGUGAAACUAAAUUAAUUUGCACCGGUGCUAAUAAUGGAAAAGUGAUUAUUUGGCAUGCAUCUACAAGAGAAAAGCUGUGUGUCACCACCGAAACAGGGUUUCCAGCCAAUAAUGUUUAUUUCUCCAAUGAUGAUUCGAAGAUAUACUUCACAAAACAAGAAAAGAUUCAGAUUUAUCAACUUGAUAACAGGGAAUUGAAGUUAAGCUAUUUGGAUUCUAUCACUAAUAAGGAGGACAUUGAUAAAUUAUAUGUCACUGAUGAGAACACCCUGAUUGCUAUUGGACAAAGAUAUGUUAUGAUGUAUAAAUUCCCUUAUGAGGAUGAUUCCAAUGCUAUCAUUUUACAUGAAAGUGAGGACAAUAUUGUAUGUUCUUCCAUGGCUAAUGACGAAUAUUUGGCUAUUGGCAUUAAGGAAAACGUAUUUUUGUUCAGUAUUAUUAAUAGAAAUUUGGUUGAUACACUAAAACACAAAAAAGUGGUGACAUCCAUGGCUAUGGAUAUCCUGAAGGAUGACGACGACAUUACUAGCAUGAUAUUCAUGAAAUUCGAUAACAACCACAUACAGCAGUGUAACAUUAUGAUGCCAUAUUAUGAACAACCGAGAAAUGAACAAAACUUAUUAACAACUUAUUGGAAAAACCAUGUACCUCUCUUAGCACAGGUGUUGAACGAUAAUGUCCUGAAAAUUCAACAUGAAUUCACUACCAUAAAUCAAAUUGAGAAACCACAUCGAAUAACUUUCAUCACAUUCUCCCUGUGUGGAAACAACAUAAUUUAUGCAUUGGAAAAUGGAGUUAUAAUCGAAUACCCAUACAAAAUAAGAGAUUGCUACAAAACUUUGGCAACAUUGGAAAAAACCGUCAAUUAUCUCCAGUGCAUCAAGUUAGAGUCAUUAACAGAUCAUCCUGAAAUUUCCUACAAUUCUUCAGAAUCGCACAACGGAGCCAUAGUGGUUGUUACAGAUGGGGACACAAAAGUGCACAUCCUUUUAGAAGGUGGUUGUAUCAAGGGUUUCUCGUGGGAAUUCGACAUUUUCCAAGUGUUCCCCAUGGGCUCCAAUCGACUCUUGUGUAUCGAUGUAUCAGGAGGUGUUUUCAUAAUUUUCAUCGAAAAGAAAUCCGGAGAUAUCAAACUGGUGAAUUACGCUACUUGGGACAGAAAAGUGUGCUCUUCAGCUUUUUGCCUCAAGAGAAAUUUGGUGGCUGUGAUGUUUACGGAAAAGGUGCACAAAACGAACUAUUUAGAAAUCAGAAGUAUAACGACCGGAGAAACUAUGCUCACCAAGCUUCUCUCGGGAUUCACCCCAACCUGCUGCGCUUUCUCGUUCUCCGGAGAACUGCUGGUGGUAGGAAGCAACGAUGGGAGGAUCAUGGUCGUCAAUCUGCAGAACAACAACGAGUGCAAGAUUUUGAACGCGUCCAAUUUCCCGAUACAGUUCGUGCAGUUUUCGAAAAGUGUCCUACCGAUUUUAGUGGUCAUCGGAAGGGAAGUGUCAUGGUGGAAUUUAGAGAGUUUCGGAAAUGCUUAUACCAAUGAAAACGAUUCUCUAAGUAACACUCAGUUCGAUUUUGACUUUUGGAAAAAUAAGACUGUUCAUCAUGAAGUAUCCAACUUACUUCAAACUGUAAGUUUGUACAGCAACGCCAUCCAUUUCUCAGUAUCUGAGAACUUUGAAACAUUUCUCGUUGUAGACGAUGAGAGUAGAAUUUAUGUGAUAAAGUGCAUCAAAUGAGGGCAACGACUAUUAGAUAGUGAACAAAUGUUUUCCGAUUUCUGAAAUUCAUGAUGAAUGAUCUCAAAAUUUGUUUUCACCUUUAUUUAUUUUAAAUUGAUCAAGUUUUUAACAUAACGAUUUUCUUUUCUGGACAUUUUUGUUGUUUACCCCAUUUUUUCAAUGUUUAAGUUGUGCCAAAUUAAAUGUAUUUAGAUUUUUUAUUAAUUUAGAGAAAUAUAUGAAGAUAGUAAUGAUUUCAGGAAUUAUUGCUCAAAAGUAAUUAUACUGCCAUUAAUCAUGAUCAAUUAUAUGUGUAAUUUAUUUAUAUUUGUUCAGAAAAUUCAUUCUGAUAUCGCAAUGAACAAAUGUUUGAUAUUAUUUUAUCUUAGCUUAAGUGUUUCUUGAUUUGCAAUCCUUGUUGAUGUUGACUGUUUGAUACGGAAUUUCCUUUUAAAAUCUCAUUUUUCUAAUCUACUUAUUUAUUUAAUUUACUAAAAUAUUACGAAAACUCGCAUGAAACUAAUGAAAUAGAUUCUGGUUCAUUUAAAAUUUGAAUUUUUCAGAGCUUUAUGAAAGACCGCAGUUAUCUGAUUUUGUUCAAUUCAGACUUAAAUUAUUGUGAUGACUUAUUUUUUAUAUAUAUAUUAUGUGAAGACUGUUGUCCCAAAUUUUAAAUUAUUUUGAAAAUCCCCAUUGUGUAUUUUAAAACGAUAUAUGAAAUUCAACAGAUAUAUUUUUGAAUAUUUAAUUGUUUAAGAUGAUUUUUUAUUGUAAUUUUAUAUGCCAUAAAUUUUUAUAAGAUACUUAUGAGUUAUUUAUUAUAUUUUUGAAUAUUUUC